AUGAGCUUGAAUACUCAAGAUUUAGUUUUGGCUUAUAUUAAUGAUUAUGUUUCCAGAAAUGAAAAAUUGUCGAAGUUGAAGAAACCAUUAUCGAAAUUAUUAGCAGGUAAAGAAUUACCAAAGGUUUCUAAACAGUUGGAAUCCAUUAUCAAGGAAGUGGAAGAUCUAGAAAAAGAACAUAACUCAAACAGCUCAUCGUCUGAAAGUGAAAGCUCUUCAUCAGACAGUGAAAGCUCUUCAUCAGACAGUGAAAGUUCUUCAUCCGAUAGUGAAAGUUCUUCAUCGGAUAGUGAAAGUUCUUCAUCGGAUAGUGAAAGUUCUUCAUCGGAUAGUGAAAGUUCUUCAUCGGAUAAUGAAAGUUCUUCAUCGGAUAGUGAAAGUUCCUCAUCUGACAGCGAAGACAGUGAAGACAGUGAAGACAAAAAAGUGAAAAAAGACAACAAAGAUUCUAGUCCUGCUUCAAGUUCCGACUCAGAUUCGGAUUCAAGCUCUGACUCAAGCUCAAAUUCAGAUAGUGAGAGUGAUGACAAAUCAUCAGAAAGCAGCUCUGAAGAUGAAGACUCAUCUAGUGAUUCAGAAUCCGAAGAAGAACAAAAACAACCAAAAGACAAGAAAAGAAAACAUACAAACGACGCCAAGGAAGAAAAAUCAAUUAAAAAGUUUAAAAACGAUUCAGAAUCAACAGCAUCAUCCUCUACUGAAUCAAUUCCUGCAACUCCAGAACCAGAGUUAAAACCUGGCCAAAGAAAACAUUUUUCUAGAAUAGAUAGAAGCAAAGUUACAUUUCAAAGUUCAGUAUUACAAGAUAAUACCUACAAGGGAGCAGCAGGAACUUGGGGAGAAAAGGCUAGUGAAAAAUUAUUACAAGUUAGAGGUAAAGAUUUUACCAAGAAUAAAAAUAAAAUGAAGAGAGGCAGCUAUAAAGGUGGCAGUAUCACUUUAGCUAGUGGGUCAUAUAAAUUCGAAGACUAG